CGUAACAUAAAGAAGAGACUUCCCAUGGCAAUUCUGCAGUUUAAGGAACGCCUGCGUCGAGAUGAGAUCUGUUUUGUUUGUAUUCACCGCAGCAUUGCUUUUGUGGGGCAACGUGGCAGGAAGGGAACCACCAAAGGCAAAAGCUCCACAAAUAUUAGAGCCAUCCGAACGAAGCGGUGCAAUAUUGUCCCCAAAGGCAAAAGCACCACAAAUUGUAGAGCCAGCUUCUCCAAAGGCUGAUGAACCAGAGGCAAAGGAACCAAAGGCAGAUGAUAAAGAGGCGGGAAAGCUCCAAAAGUCUGAUGAAGCAAAGGCCUCAAAGUCUCCAGAGGCAGAUGCACCAAAGGAACCAAAAUCCCCAAAGGCAGAACAAUCAGAGACGGCAAAUCCCCCAGUAGAAGAUAUUCCCGAGAUGGUAUCAAAAAGAUCUCUUAUCCCAGGCAAUUGGCAUUUACAGGGAAACUCUGUUGUAAGAUGGCCGCCUCUGUCUCAACAAGGGAUAACGCGAAGACCACAUGACCUGAUCGUUCUGGAAAGAUAUUGGACAACCAGAGAGAAAUAUACGGAAGAGGGCAUCCAAAGGCUUGACAAAAAGAUACCAGAGAUGCGUAAAAAAUACGCACUGUCCAUACAGGAAAAUAAGAAUUUGACCCAGCAGUUGGAAGCUGCAAAUCUUAAGUUGUAUGACGCGACACUGGAGCUGAAAAAGGCUGAACAACAGCGAGAAAAGUGCAAGGAUAGUAAAAGCGAAGAGCUCGAUAGGGAGAGUCUCCCCAGCACCAUGGGCCGUGAGUUUACAAACAGAUAUCUUCGGCUGCUCAAGACCUUACGUGUGACAAUUGAUAGGGAGUUAAGGAUAGUCACGAACUCGCUAUGGAGGAGACUUUCACGCAGAGAAGGCACCAAUUAAAACCAUUUCUAUUUUUUUUUCCCACUCUAUGCCUUGGCAUGAAUAAAUAUAAUCCUUGAGCUUGAAUCAA